AUGGCAUCGAAUGUCGGGGCGGGCCUGACGACGACAACUUCCCUGGAUGACUAUGACGAUUUUGAGGAGCGCUUCGUCGACCCGUUCGAAAUCACCUCAUCAUGUGUAUUCGUCGUACUCGGCGCUCUCACGAUUUGCAUCUACUACCGUAUCGCCCGGGCACACGCUCGGCAAGGCUUUCGCACUCAUUUUCAACGCAUCUUCUUUGUCCUCAUCACAAAUGACAUCUUCACCUUUCUCUUCCAACUUUUCGAUGUCCGGCUCCCGACCUGGGGUGUACACGAGUGGUAUCUCGAUCUCCGGGAAGGACUCUGGCCAACCAUCCUCAACUACGGGGCUACCGUAACCCUGAUGGUGCAGAGUUUCGGGACCCUGUUAAUAGCCGUAAAUCGGUUCACCUCUCUGGUUAUGCCGUUGCGGUUCAUCGUCCUCGUCUCGAAAGAAACGCGUGAAACCGUGCUCGGAAAACGUGACGACACGAUCUCCGGCGGGAAGGCGCACAGCAAGAUUGCCGUCUCGAGAAUUCUCUCCAUCAACCCGACGCAAAAUGGGCCGCCCGUCGUCAGCACGAUUACAUUCAUGGGACGCAAUACGGUGCAUGUGGCA